AUGGAAAAAUGCUCAUCAAGUCUCGUUCCAAUUCAGAAAGGAGAUAAGUUUAGUCUCAAUCAAUGCCUAAAGAAUGACUUGGAACGAAAGCAAAUGAUAGAUAUUCCUUAUGCAUCAAUAGUUAGGAGUCUUAUAUAUGUCCAAACAUGUACAAGACCGGACAUCAGUUUUGAUGUUGGAAUGCUGGGUCGAUAUCAAAGUAAUCCUGGAAUGGAUCACUGGAAGGCUGCAAAGAAAGUGUUGCGAUACUUACAAGGAACGAAAGAUCAUAUGCUCACUUAUCGAAGAUCUGAUCAUCUAGAUGUUGUUGGAUAUUCAGAUUCAGAUUAUGCUGGUUGUGUGGAUACAAGACAAUCCACAUUUGGAUAUUUGUUUUUGUUAGCUGGAAGAGAAAUAUCCUGGAAGAGUGAGAAGCAGUCUGUUAUAGCUGCAUCCACUAUGGAAGCUGAUGCAUGGCUGCUGGAUACUUUCAGAAAAAUACAAGAGCUUGUGCAUAUUGUUGAUCAAACUCUAGCCAAUCGGAAGAAGCACAGGAUUUCUGUACAAAAGUUCUAG